GUUCAUAAAAUUUAGAAAGUUUAGCUAUUCAUGAACAAUUAAAUGGAAUGCAUCUUCUACAAAUAAAAGACUGUGGUAAGAAAACCCUUCCGAUCAAUGCAGUAAUCCUUAGGCAAUCAAAACUAAAACGAAAUGUAACGCCUGCCAACAACCAUUAAUCACCUCGACAUUGGUGAACAUCGAUUGUUACAACUCCACUCAUCAAUGGCUCCAAACGACGCUUAUAUAACGUAAAACCUCUCAUUUGACUUAUUAUACUAACUUGAACGUUAAAGUGUUUGCAGAAGCCUCCACCAACUUCAACCUUGACGGUUCACUAUUCGACAUCCGACUAGUUCUUCUAUCACUUAGAUCAACUACUAUUUUUAUUUUAUUGAUGAAAAUAUUUUGGCUACUUUCGUGUCCCAUGAUAAAAUAUUCAUGAAUAAAAUCCCCACACUUUUAUUUAUAUCUCCCAAACAUGUUUUCCAAUCAUAGCCACCAUUUCUCCUCUCAUUUUUCCAACAUGGCCGGAGAAGACACUCCAUCACCCAUUCUUGAGGCACCACUUCUACCCCUUCACGACGAACCGAUCCAACAAACACCCAACAUCAAUUCCUUUACAAUAACAUCAUCAAUUUUAAACCUUAAAAACUUUUAUGUCAUUUUAGGACCUUUGUUAUCAAUUAUUAUAUGUCUCCUAGUGAAACUAGAUGCUCCUACAACAAGCACAAAAAUGGUUGGUGUGAUUGUUUGGGUUUUCACAUGGUGGAUAACUGAGGCUGUUCCACUUCCUGUUACUUCCAUGUGUCCUCUGUUUUUGUUUCCUCUGUUUGGAAUUGCUUCAGCUGAUACUGUUGCUCAUUCUUAUAUGGAUGAUGUUAUUGCACUUGUUUUGGGAAGUUUCAUACUUGCUCUUGCUGUAGAACGCUACAACGUGCACAAAAGAUUGGCUUUGAAUAUAACCUUGGUGUUUUGUGGCGAUCCAUUGAAUCCAGCAAUGCUACUAUUAGGUCUAUGCGCAACCACAUUUUUUGUGAGCAUGUGGGUACACAAUGUGAUAGCAGCGGUAAUGAUGAUGCCAGUAGCAACCGGAAUCCUACAUCGGCUACCACCGGCAAAUGAGCAAUCAGAAUUAAUGAACAAGUUCAAUAGAGCAGUGAUUUUAACAGUGGUGUAUGCUACACAAAUUGGAGGGAUAAGCACUAUAACAGGAACAGGUGUGAACUUGAUAAUAGUUGGAAUGUGGAAAAAUCUUGAACCAGAAGCAAAGCCAAUAAGUUUCAACACUUGGUUUUGUUUUGGGUUCCCUGUGGCUGUUUUGUUGCUUCUAUGCUUUUGGUGUAUACUUUGUUUGCUUUAUGUUAGAAAGCACUUGAGUAGGGAUUUGUCUAAUUAUUUGGAUAGAGCACACUUGAAGAGGGAUCUUGAAGCUCUUGGUCCAAUGGCUUUUGCUGAAAGGAUGGUGUUAUGUGUGUUUGGGUUAUUGAUAAUGCUAUGGAUGACAAGAAGAAUCUCAGAUGACUUACCUGGAUGGGGAGUUUUGUUCCAUGGCCUUGUUGGAGAUGGAAGCAUAAGUGUUUUGGCUGCUGUUUUAUUGUUCAUAAUCCCAAAUAUGAAGCAAAAUGGAGAAAAACUAAUGAAUUGGAAUGAAUGCAAAAAAUUACCAUGGAACCUAAUUUUACUUCUAGGAGCUGGAUUUGCCUUAGCUGAUGGAGUACAAUCUAGUGGUCUAGCAGAUGUAUUAUCCAAAGCCUUAGAAUUCUUAAAAGAUGUUCCAUAUUUAGCAAUUGUUCCUGCUGUUACUUUACUAUGUAGCAUUAUCACUGAAAUUGUUACUUCCAGUUCCAAUGCUGCCACAACUACUCUUCUUGUUCCACUUUUGUAUCACAUAGCUAAAACUAUGCAUUUGCAUCCACUUCUUCUUAUGAUCCCUGGUGGUAUAGCUACUGAAUUUGCAUUUUGGCUUCCAACCUCAACACCUUCAAAUGUUGUUGGAUUUGCAACUGGACAUAUUGAGAUUAAAGACAUGCUUAAAGUUGGUGUGCCACUUAAGGUUGUUGGAAUUUUUGUUCUGUCUCUUCUCAUGCCAACACUUGGAUCUAUUGUUUAUGGAACAAAUGAUGGUACUCAAUAGGUGGAAGAAGCAAACUCACAUUGGUUACCACUUAGAUUUCUUUUCUAAAUUAUACUUUGGUUUAUAAUUUUGAGUAUAUGAUUGUUUUUAGAGUGUAAAAGGUAUGAAAAAUUGAUGGGAGAAGAACACACA